GAGUUGAGGCGGCGCGAACAGGGUCUGUGGCUGGGCUUCUGCGUGAAGGACUCCGGCGUUCUGGGCAGUGCCAAUGGCGUCUCGAGCAGGCCCGCGAGCUGCCGGCACAGACGGCAGCGACUUUCAGCACCGGGAACGCGUCGCCAGGCACUACCAGAUGAGUGUGACGCUCAAGUAUGAAAUCAAGAAGCUGAUCUACGUGCAUCUGGUCAUGUGGCUGCUGCUGGUUGCCAAGAUGAGUGUGGGACACCUGAGGCUCUUGUCACAUGAUCAGGUGGCCAUGCCCUAUCAGUGGGAGUACCCGUAUUUGCUGAGCAUUGUGCCCUCUCUCUUGGGCCUCCUCUCCUUCCCCCGCAACAACAUUAGCUACUUGGUGCUCUCCAUGAUCAGCAUGGGGCUCUUUUCCAUCGCUCCCCUCAUAUAUGGCAGCAUGGAGAUGUUCCCUGCUGCACAACAGCUCUAUCGUCAUGGCAAAGCCUACCGCUUCCUCUUUGGUUUUUCUGCCGUCUCCGUCAUGUACCUGGUAUUGGUGCUGGCGGUUCAAGUGCAUGCCUGGCAGUUAUACUACAGCAAGAAGCUCCUAGACUCUUGGUUCACCAGCACACAGGAAAAGAAGCGUAAAUGAAGCCUUCCUGGUGGACUGAUCUCUGGUGUGAAGCCUGGCUCACUAGUACUUCCAUUGAGAGGAGUGAAAGGGUAGAGCAGCUGUUCUAAAAUUUCCUUUGGUAAUUUUGGCAGCUGUGAUGUUGGCAGCUAUUGCAAACUAAGCCCAAGUUCUGGAAAGCUGCUAUUAUUGUCAUCAGCUGAGGUGGCAAAACUGUAUUUAACAUAUUCCUGGUUGGCUGGAACUGGGUGAAGAACAAGCUGUAAAACUUCAGCUAGUUUGAGUUGAAGCCCUUCAGGACUUUUUUUUAAAAAGACAGCCUCAUCUUUGCCUCUUGGUCAUUCUCUCCAUUUUCAUCCAUUAUCCCAUAGCUACCGAGACCGAAGGAUAUGGGAAAUAACCAAAUUCUACUUCAAUCUAUGGGUUGUUGGGAGGAAACAUUUAGGAGGCUGCUUUCCCUGCAGGCUGUGGUCUCUACUCUGAAGCGUUUUAAUGAAAAAGAACCUCAAUAAAGUUAUA